ACACUUUGUAGAAAAUAAUUUUUGUGCGUUCUGUUCUUGGGUCCAGGGGUCUAUUUCCAUUCUAGGAGUCAUUGCAAAUCGACUUGCUGUUCACAUUUUGCCAAAUCGUCCAAUCUGGUGCUACAUCUAAAGCAUGAUUUUAGAUUCUUUAGAUUGAGGGGCUCGAAAAGAACACUAAUAUUGGGGCCGUAUUUUUCACAUAAGACAUUUGAAGCAGUUACAAGUGAAUAGCAAUACAGUCAGAUCCAUGUGAACCACUAAAUGGACUUGCUAUGAUGAUUUUCCUUUGAUAGGAGUAGCGCAAUUUCAUAUGAUUCUAUGUUUUCAGAAAGAUUGAAAAAUAAGCCACAAUGCUUUUAUCUUGCCUGGGAUCGAACCUUCACGCGAGUCCUAUCUUAGUGCCAUUUUGAAUUUCCCCAUGGCCGAAGUCGUUUUGCGCUCUGCAUUUUGGCUUUCUUUUAUAAAGAUGAUGGAAGAUCAUAAACAGUUGAGUUGCUAUAUGUUGAGGCAGUCACUCUGCUCAACUCAAAUCCAAUCAAUUCAAAUGAUUUUUAAAGAGUUUUUCCCAUGUUUUCAGAAAGGUGGAAGCCACAAUGUUUAUAUUUUGCCUGGGAUCGAACCUUCACGCGAGUCCUAUCUUAGUGCCAUUUUGAAUUUCCCCAUGGCCGAAGUCGUUUUGCGCUCUGCAUUUUGGCUUUCUUUUAUAAAGAUGAUGGAAGAUCAUAAACAGUUGAGUUGCUAUAUGUUGAGGCAGUCACUCUGCUCAACUCAAAUCCAAUCAAUUCAAAUGAUUUUUAAAGAGUUUUUCCCAUGUUUUCAGAAAGGUGGAAGCCACAAUGUUUUUAUCUUGCCUGGGAUCGAACCUUCACGCGAGUCCUAUCUUAGUGCCAUUUUGAAUUUCCCCAUGGCCGAAGUCGUUUUGCGCUCUGCAUUUUGGCUUUCUUUUAUAAAGAUGAUGAAAGAUCAUAAACAGUUGAGUUGCUAUAUGUUGAGACAGUCACUCUGCUCAACUCGAAUCCAAUGAAUUUAACGGAUUUUUAAAGAGAAAGGUGGAAGAAUAAGCCACAAUGUUUUUAUCUUGCCUGGGA